AUGGACGAUGACGAGAGUAAGGUUGGCAAUUCCAACAACGAGGCUCAUGUCGAGAUUACAUCCUUCAAUGAAGCCCUGGUCCGCCCUAUUGCGCCGAAAACGAAAAAGAAGCGCGCGUUUAAAAAGAAGAACCCGGCAAUGGGUGACACUGCAUUUCUACGCAAACGAACGGCUAAUCUGUUGAGUAUAACGAAGCAAAAUUCCGACAACAAGGAAGGUGCCCUUGGGGGCGGUAUGAAAGUUGAUCGGAAGACCUUCCACUUCCUCAUGGAUGCUUGGGCAUUUUCCGGAGAAAUUGAUGCUGUUGAACAAGCGAGUGGACUGCUGUCCCGUAUGGAGGAAUUGGCAUCUUGGGGAAAUUUCAAUAUCGAACCUGACGUUCGUUCGUAUACCAAAAUGAUCAACGCCAUCAGCCGUUCGACAGCCCCUUCUGCAGGGGACGAAGCCGACGCAAUCUUUGCAAAAAUGGAAGAGCUCUAUCAAACAGGGAGCAACCGCGCGGCUCGUCCGAAUACAUAUACCUAUACUGCCGUAAUAGAAGCUCAUGCCCAUUCCGGCGCACGGGGCAGUGCUAAACGAGCCGCAGAAUGGUGCGAACGAAUGAUUGAUGCGUACGAACCAUCACCGCAUAACGAGAACAAAGAAUCAAGUGUCCGCCCAACUGCUCGUGCUUUUAACGCUGCAAUUUCGGCAUACGCCAAGUCAGGAGAAGAAGGAGCAGCGGCUCGAGCAGAACGCUUGUUUGAUCGAAUGGAAGAAUUGUACGAGACGGGAGUUGAAGAAGCAAAACCCAACGCUUUCAAUUUUAACUCGCUCAUUACAGCAUGGGCUAACUGCUGCGAGGAAGGUUCAGCACAGCGCGCGGAGGAAAUUCUAGAGCGCAUGGAGUAUUUGUACAAGCAAGGAGAUGAGAAAUGUAAGCCGACAACAAUAUCAUUCAACGCUGUUAUUGACGCGUACGCGAAAUCGGGUGAUGAAUAUGCAGCGCAAAAAGCUGAAGAAGUUUUACGGCAUAUGGAAGAUCUCUAUGGAUCGGGACAAAAUCUUGACGCUCGUCCGAAUGUAAGAUCGUUCAAUUCAGUCAUCAAUGCUUGGGCAAAAAGUCGAAACGAAGAGGCGGCUUGGAAAGCGCAGGAUAUGCUGGAUUUGAUGGAGAAGCUCUACGCUAAAGGUAACAAAGAAGUGCGACCAGAUGUACACAGCUUCUGCACGGUAAUUAAUGCUUGGGCCCGGAGUCAACAGCACGGUAAAGCUGAGCGAGCCCUGAAUUUGUUUCGUGAAAUGAAGCAGCUUCAUGAGGCUGGUAACAAGCACUUGAGACCGAACACGGUAGCAGCGAAUGCGGUAAUGAACGCGUGCGCGUAUACGUCCGGAGAUGUUCAUGAACAGAACCGAGCGGUAGAAAUCGCUCACACUAUUUUAAAGGAACUGGAACAAUCUCCUUAUGGAAAACCGGACCAGGUGACCUACGGGACUUUUCUGAAAGUAUGUGCAAAUCAAAUGCCGGACUGCAGCACACGCAAUCAAGUUAUUUCCGUCGUUUUCAAAAAGUGUCAGAAGACGGGGCAGGUGGGGAAUUUUAUUCUACAGCAGCUCAAAGCCAUGGCGUCAGAAGAAACAUAUAUGAUGUUGUUGGGUCGAGGGAUCCACGAAGACAUCCAGAUAGCGGACCUCCCCUCCGAGUGGUGGUGUAAUGUUGUCGAGAACCGGUGGAGGCGUCGUGGAAACUAA